UCCACCGGUUGAGGCAGGCAGGCAGCGGCUGGCAGACAAAGGCGAGCAGAGGCGGCGUGGAGUUUUUUUUCCCCCUGCAGCAUUGACUCACGCGCUUACACACGCACCCGCUCCGACACACUCCCACUUGAGCACACGCUCCGUUCACUGCUACAAGCAUCCACGCAGACUCUGUGGAGCUGGUCCACCCCCCUCCCACCGCACAUCUCGCUAAAGUACACCAACUCUCGCUCACCAUGGAGCUCGACUUCGCACACUUUGACGAGCGAGACAAGGCGUCCCGGACCCCGCGCGGCGGCCGCUUGAACGGACUCCCCAGCCCGACGCACAGCGCCCACUGCAGCUUCUACCGCACGCGCACCCUGCAAACCCUGAGCAACGAGAAGAAGGCCAAGAAGGUCCGCUUCUACCGCAACGGCGACCGCUACUUCAAGGGCAUCGUGUACGCCGUGGCAGCCGACAGAUUUCGCACCUUCGACGCGCUGCUGGCCGACCUGACGCGCUCGCUGUCCGACCACAUUAACUUGCCUCAGGGUGUCCGCUUUAUCUUCACCAUUGAUGGCGCCAGUAAGAUCUCGGCACUGGAUGAACUAGAGGAAGGGGAGAGCUACGUUUGCGCUUCAGAGAACUCCUUCAAGAAGGUCGACUACACAAAGAACGUCAACCCCAACUGGUCGGUGAAUGUGAAAGCCUCGGCCAGCCAGAAGAACAUUCAGUCGUUGGCGGCCCGCGCUGCCAGCGAGCCCAGGGAGCAAAGCAAAGACUUUGUUCGACCCAAGCUGGUGACGGUGAUGCGCAGCGGCGUCAAACCGCGCAAGGCCGUGCGCGUCCUGCUCAACAAGAAGACAGCGCACUCUUUCGAGCAGGUGCUCACCGACAUCACGGAGGCCAUCAAGCUUGAAAGCGGGGUGGUCAAAAGGAUCUAUACGCUAGACGGCAAGCAGGUUACUUGCCUUCAAGACUUCUUUGGGGACGAUGACGUCUUCAUUGCAUGUGGACCGGAGAAAUUCCGCUACGCCCAGGAUGACUUCUCUCUGGAUGAGAAUGAGUGCAGGGUGAUGAAGAAUCAGAAAGCUCAUCGUAGUUUGAUCAAGAGUCCCGGAUCGGUCAAACGCUGCAAGUCCCCUGCUGAAUCAACCAACGGGACCGGCUCCAGCAGCCAAAUUUCCACCCCGGUCUCAAAGCACUCCCCCACCUCCACCCCUACCAGUCCUGCACUCGGCACCCAGCAGAAGGACCUCUACCUGCCCCUAUCUCUGGAUGACGAUGAUUCUGUCGGGGAGUCCAUGUAGACACUGAAAAGGGUUUUUGUGUGUCCCCCCCCCCUCCCAAACCCACGUAGCUUUCCAGCUCUUCUCGAGUGCCACCUUAUGGUCUGGCAGAUCCACUGAGGUGGCAACUAGAAUUCCUUUGCUGCUUGAGAAAACACACACACACACACACACUUUUUUUUGCUUUUCAAUUUAUUUUUUUCAAAUCAAUUUUUUCACCACCAAAAUAUUCCUCUCACCAAGACAACCCGUAUAGUUUUCACUUCGGUUUUUGAGAACACCUGUCACUCCAAUCACAAAAUCCCAAGCAGCAAAAUGGGUGAUUUUUGAGGUCAAAUCUGAAUUUUUGUAAGACUUUCUAUCUGUGACGUCCUCCCCUUUUUAGGGCAUACAACCUCCCCCACCCAAGGAAGGUCCAGUGUUCUGAACCUGCUGUAAAUACUGUGCAUAGUUCUGCUAACCGUUUGUUUUUCCCAGUCACCAUUGCUGUGCUUCCAUAACAUCAUAACAUUUGCUCAACUUUUUCAGUCUGGAGUCAAAGUAAAAGAGGAACUCUUGAGGGGGCAGUGUGUGGAAAGAUCUCCUGUAAAGAUCAAUAAUUGCAAUAACUACAAAGACAUUGACGGGGGGGAAAAAAACAUUCCAUACAUUCCUCAGCUGAUGCUUCUUUUAAAUUGGCUCCAUACGUACAGUAGCAGGCUAAACCUGGUGACAUCAUAUACUUUCUGUGUUGUACAUACUGCAUUGCAUGAUUCUGGUGAAUUACUUUAAAGCUUUAGGUGCAAAAAAAAAAAAAAAAUGCUGAUUUGAAGGACCUAAUGAUGCAGAAGAUUGACCAAAGUUCAACUUGUUAAAUUAGGCCAAUCAGCAGACGGCAGUGUUUUAGAAACGUUUUAAUAAGUCACAGAUAAAUAAGUAAAGGUUGCAAAGCCAAAGUGUGGCAGGAUUUAUUUAAAAAUAAAUUCUGGAGAAACACACGGUGAUGUAAGCAUGUUUCUCCGAAGGCUCGCCAUAAUACACGUUGCUUUUAAUAUCUUAUAAAGUUUAUUAAUUUAUAUGAAGGGUACCUGUCUUGAAUUUUUUUCUCUACCUUUAACAAUGUGAGCUACGAGCACUAGUACUUUUCCAAGGCUCCGUGUGCAGCUCUUUUUAAAUAUAAUAAAGAAGUAUGUGUGUAUUUUUCUGAAGAGUUUUCUCAGGUUUGCAGGCAAUCAAGCCCGAGACUCUUUUGAUUCAAUUGGAUGACACUGAAGCACAACCAGCUGCAGGCACUUUGAAUGUCUGCAUGGCACCAUUACAAUGCAGGACCCCCCCCCCCCACCACCACCACCCGUGCUGCCUGUGUAGCACGCUUUUCCCCCCCAGUUAAACAAGUCUAUGCAUUUGGGUUUCAGGAAUAGUAAUGAAAUAUCCAUGCCGUUUGGCUAUGACGUCAUGAAAGUGGCAACAAGCUUAGACACACGAAAAGCAGUUUCAAUCAUUUAUUUGAUAUCCUUCUAGUGUGGAGAAAUGCCAUAAAAUAGUGACAAAAACGUCAUUAGGUUCUACUAGUCAUGCUACUAGUGUGAUAUUCAACAAAAACUCUGAACAGUUUGCCAUCCGGCCAUCACUAAAUGCGCCUCUGCUGUUAUUGCAAUCGUUUUCCAAUAGAGGGCGCUCCCAAACAAGUUUUUGCUCGCCUUUUUAUGUAUCCUCCCCCGCCACAGCGCCAUUCACACACACUUGGAUGCGUUUCUUCGCUUGUCCUCCUGCUUUAUUUCUACAGCACACAAAACAAAAUGUCUGUCUUGUGUAAACUGGCCUCCGCGACAUGGGAUGGCCAGUGCGGUUUCACCAUCCCCAACAUUGGUGCCUUGUUUUUGAUCAAAACAAGAAGUGCGCAAUCUUGCUUGCUCUUUUUUAACCACUUUUCCAAAUGAGGCCUACCCACAAUGCUUGUUUUGUAGACUUAGACACUUUAUCAUGGUGUAAAUACCCUGCCUCCUGUGCUUUUUUUUUUUAAUAUUCCGCCUUUGCCUUUUCACAUUAAAUAAAUGGUCUUUUUCUUUCUUUGGGAUUUAGAAAGGAUUUUUGGUGGUAUUUUGCAAUGUCAAACAGUGGUUUGUUUCAGUGCUUCAUUCAAUGUAAUAACUGGCAUCAUUUUGCAAUUAAAAUAUUUGUACAAGUA